AUGGAUAGGAAUCAUGGUGUUGAACGUUUUGUAGCGGAAACAUUUCAGCUCGUCGUCAAAAGGAAUGUCGAGGUCAUUGUGGACAGUUUGAUUAAUGGGGUAGCAAGGAGCUUCGACAUUGGAUUGGACGGGCUGGAUAUUGGACAAAUUGACGGAACCUCACAGUUCCGAAGUGGUCUCAAACCCGAUAACCACGAUUCAGGGGUUUUCGGCGAGAAAGUACUCGAUGAAGGCUGCGAUGCCCCUUGGUCUGCUGAAAUAUUUCGAUCUUCCGAGAUGCCUUUUAAGAAUCCCGUCGUGAUCCCGUCGCCUUCGAGAGAGGACUGCAUCCGCCUCUGCGUUUCCAACACCCACAUCCAUUGCAGAGCUGCCAAUUAUUAUUAUGAGAGGAAAGAAUGCGCAAUGAGCGACAUGGAUAGAUUUGCAGUGUCGGAUGAGUUACAACUACAAACAGGAAAAAAUGGUGUUGAUUACAUCGAAUCGAACUGUGCGACGUCUUCAAAAGGGCUGUGCCACUUUUCUGAAAUGGGUAGCAAAUCGUUAUCCGUGGCAGAUUCUAUUCACAAAAAUGUCAAAAGCCUCGACAAAUGCAAACAAAUAUGCCUUGAAACUACAAGUUUUCAAUGCCGCAGCUAUGAAUAUAGAAAAUCUGAAGGUAUUUGUCGUCUGUCACAUUCAUCGGCUUACCAACAGGACCUUAAAAGUGCGAGGAAUGAAGAAGGAGUUGAUUCUUUUCAUAUGACCGCGUGCUACAACGUCUCGGUUUACUGCGGAUCGAACGCCAUGGUAGCGAAAAUAAAAAGCAACAAACUAUUCCGAGGGAAAAUAUACGCCAAAAGUAGACCAAAUUCCUGUGUUAAUGACAUUGCCAGCGACACGGAUUUUCAACUGGAAAUGGGAUUCAAUGACCUGGGGUGUGAAGUGAGUCAAGAAAGCUCUGGAAAAUACAGCUCCAACAUUAUUAUUCAACAUCACGAUCAAAUAGUGACAGAAAAAGACAUGGGACUUUCCAUCAAGUGUUCGUACACGGUGACAAACAGGAGCAUUCAACAUGGAGUAAAUCUGGAUGUGAGAGGAGAACCGAAUAUAAUGGGAACACAUGAAUCUUCAUUUGUCCUUUCGCCGACGGUUACAAUGCACAUAACAGAUAGGAAUGGUGAUGACAUUCUCACAGCUCAAGUAGGAGACCCUCUGAGCUUACGAUUCCGCAUUCUUGACGCAAACACCCCUUAUGAAAUUUUUGUAAGAGAGCUUAUCGCUUUUGAUGGGGUCGAUUCAAGCGAGAUCCUAUUAAUAGAUAGCAUGGGCUGUCCGACAGACCCAACAAUCAUGGGUACAAUAAGCACCGUUUCGAAAGAAGGAGAGUCGCAAGUCCUCGAAGCUCCAUUUGAUGCUUUCAAAUUUCCUACUUCUGAUAUUGUACAAUUUAAGGCCCUUGUAACACCCUGCUUGCCAACUUGUGAGCCUGUUUCUUGUACAAUGGAAGACUAUUUUGGCUCGUCUAAAACCGUUGCAUCUUUUGGUAGAAGAAAAAGAGAAGUAAAAUCCCAUAUGGAGGAGGAGGUUGUCAUGCAGAGCAUUAGAAUCCAAGAUAAAUUCAAAUUUUCUAGACUUUCUGAUGAUUUUGAGGACCAAAAUGAUGACAGUGUACUUCCAAAUCCUUGUAAAUACAACAACAGUUCUUUACUGUUCUUGUUCUGUUUAGUUUUAUCAACACAACUUCUUUUUUGGGUUAUGUGUUAUGCAAUAUUUAUAAAAUGGAAAAGAAAAGACCAAUGGAAUAGUAAUCAUUAGGUAGAAUAUUUAUAUAGGGUUAUUUAUUUGUAAUGAAUCAUGUAAUGAGAUCUUCUUUUAUAUAAUUAUGGCCUGAAGGUGAAAUUAAUUGUCUAUUUAUUUUAAACAUGUUUAUUUAUAUUUAUAGAAUGCUGGUGGUGGAAAUGAUAACAUUUACAGUUUAAUUUUGGCCCUACAUUUAAUUUUUGUAAUUAAUUUAUGUAUUUUUAUAAAUACCAUGAGACAUAGCCAAAUUCAACUACACAGUCAUCAGCAACCAAUGACAACUCCAAAUGGAAGGUGGUGAAAUAUAUCCUCAGAUACAAGAGUACCUCCCAUACCCUUAAACAGAUUGACAGCGAAAUGCCGCAGCUACUGCAUAAAACCCUUGACACACCGACGUCCUGGAACAAUUCGGCAUCAUCUACCACCAAACUCUGAUAUAAAAAAAGGUCAUCCUCAACCUUACCAGAAAUAAGACUCCAGACUAUGAUCUUAUAACAUCCAAAAUGUAUAAUCCAUAACCAUUUGUUUCAUCUACACACCUAACAAACCAACUGUUUCCUCGUGCCAUACCAUUUUCGGGGGCAAGUACAUGAGAAGCUGGUCCUAUCCACAACCAACUGACCUCCAAUUUGGUUUCUCUAGCCACAAUCCACCAAAUUUAUGUUGUAGACUUCAUUGUAACAUCCCAAGAAAAUAAGCAGUUCUGCCCUGGAGUAUAUCCAAAAGUCUCCAGAUCGUUUCUGGCAUCAGGAUUGCUGAAACUCCAAUUAUUCCCUUCUAAUUACAUACCUCAUCAUAAAAUCCUAUCUGAUCCAUGUUUCCUACUGACACCUAACCUCUUCGAUAAAUUCUGUCCUCUCUGCAAGACAUGUACAAGACAACAAAAAAUAACUGCUAGACUUAUGUUCAAAAUGUACUUGUUCACAAAAACAAAACAAAAAAUUUGAAACCAAGGCCUAAGGCCUAUUUACAAGAAGUGGCCUACUUGUAUCCGAUAUUUUGGAUUGCAGAAUCACCAAAAACGUUUUGUCCAAAUCCAUGACCCACCAACUUGGUUGUUCCCUUGUCAGGUGAUAUACGCCAGCUAUUGAUUUCCUAUUUGUCUGACAGAACUCGGAGAGUUAAAGCUUCAAAGUCUAUCUCCUCUUCUCUCUCAAUUUCAGCUGGUGUACCCCAAGGGUCUAUUCUUGAACCUUCACUCUUUUUCAUUUCCUAAAUGUUCAUUACUUAUUAAUUUCUCCCAAUGUCAUCUUUAUGCAGAGCUCUACAGAUUUAGCUCUAUUUAGCUCAUCUUUUCAUUCACCAUCUUACAAGCAACAUCUUAAGCUAUCUCCUUGCUCAACCGUGAUAUUCAUUCUCUCAAUCAAUGGUCAAGUAGUAAUAACGGCAUUCUUUUAAACCUUAUCAUAUCCCAGACCUUAUUAAUUUCCAAUAAACCCAUUAAUACCGAUCGCUUUCCCCCCCCCUCAUAUCAACGGCUCCCUUAUUAAUUUCUGUCCUAAAAUUAAAAAUCUCGGACCAUGUGAGCUCUAUUAUGAAAAAGGUCUACUCAAGCCUCUAUUCCCUUUGACACCUUAGCUGUUUUAUUCCACGAAAAACUCGAGUUAAAUUCCUUAUAAAAUCUGUAAAUUAACUUACUGUAGCUAUUUUUCCACUUUCCUUAGACUCUCAAUCAUUAGAUAGUGUUAUGAUCCUAAACCAAGAAAUCAUAUUUCCGAUAUGACGUCUUCAGCAAGCUAACAUUCUAAACACUUAUAAACUUAGAAGUUUAAUAAAUACAUAUUUAAAAUAAAUUCAAAUAAAUGUCUUCAAUAUCUAUCAACUUUUUCCCCUCAUUACUUAUCCAAACGCACACACUUUGCAGACAUAUUUUUUGGUUUUGUAAAUACUGACGGAUAUGGCAUUAACCACGUUUACUUAAUUUCCCAAAGGUCCGGUAUUUUAUAACCAUAAACUUCCAUUAUUUUAAAAUAUUUUUAUUUUAAAAAAACCGUUGAACAGCUUUUUUAACUCUUACAUGGACUUAUGGACAUACAGACUGGUACUGUACAGGACAGCUAAAAGUCAAAAAUCAGCACAAUCACCUAGCCUUCUUCUGAUGCCCCAAAUUCCACUCCUUCAUCCAUGACCUUUCCCCUCUUACCCGUCCUAUCAAUCCUAGGAGGUUGAGGUAUUGCUGGCCUCACAACUAGAGAGAGAUGCCUAAUAUUGGUCAUAAAUGGGAGUCUCACAUUAUUAACACUCACUCCACUUAUGUUUUUCAUGUAUUCAUAAAUUGGUGCAGUUGUAGAUUAAUAAUAUAAAUUUAAGAAAAACAUUCGGCUAUAAUGUAUUCCUAUCAUAAAGAAGAAAUAAAUUGAGCUUUUUUGUGUAUCAUAUAUGUAGAUCUCAUUUAUAUAUUUCAUUACAAGAAAUAAAUUUAAUAAUCGUUCUCUUAUGUUUAGGAUUUAUUAGAUGUACUACUUUUUAUUUUAAAAUGUUACAAUAGUUUUAAUACUAUGCGUCUGUUAUGAUUGUAUUUAUUUUAUAUGGAAAGGAAGUAUUUAUUUUAUAUAUGUGUGACCCAGUAUACGUAUAAUUAGAAAUAUGUCAUUAGAAAUUAGCUGAUUAACUUAUUGUGAAACGCUUCAAGUUUACUGUUUAAACAGUCCUAUUUAUUUAUUUUGCUGAAACUUUUUAAGCUUUACCUCUUUAUGUUUUAAGAAAUAAAUACUUAUUUAUUAUUACAAAGUUAGGUCUAUUUUGGUCAAUGUAAGUUUUGUCUCACUUUUGAAAAUUUGUUCUGAAAUACUUACAAUACGAAUAAAGCUACAUUGAUAUGAUUUUUAAAUUAAUAUCUUACUGCUAAAAAAAAUAUAAUUUCUUAGGGCUAAAGCAGUGUAAGGUUUGAUACAAUAAAUGUUAAAACAUGUUAAAACAGAUGUGCCAUACAUUAAAGAUGUAUAUAUUUAUGUUAAACUUUAAUACAAAAAAAAUUA